CUGCCACAAUAGUUACAAUGUACUUAAUGUGUCAAUCUGUGCACAAUGUAACCCUAACCCUUUUCUAAUGCAAUUGUGUCCGUGCAGAUAUCAUGCAAAAAACACCACCGCACAUACAAUAAAGCUAUUGGUUUUUGUUUGGAACUGGAAAAAGUCAAGGAUAAAAUUGCAAAAGCGAUUGUGAAUUAAAUCUCAGAAUACCUCCUGGCAUUAUCUUUCAUAUGACUCAAGACCACUGUAAUAGUGCUGUGAAAACAGGGCAAAUACAAGCUGGAUACAGAUAGAAAACAAUUUAGCAGGGGGUUUUCAUCUUAGAAGAGAGCUCUUAUUUUAUAGCAUUAGAGUCAAAUAGCAUUAGAGUCCUAGUGAUGAAAAAAAAUAGCAGAACUAUAGAAAGUACUGGUCUGUGGAAAGCUUUGAUUGGGUGUGAUCCGGACCUGAACAACAGCCAAUCAAGAUAUAGAACCCAGCAUAAAGACAGUCAGACUGUGAUUCCUUUAAUCAGGGUAACACAGCCCAGUCAUACUAGAAACAUCAUGCACAAGCAAUAUAGGAAAUGAUUAGUGGUUACUAUGGUACUCCUAAAAGCAACUCCUGAAUUAGUCAUGUGGUUUGUAGUUUCUCAGUAUAGCAUAUUUUGUAAAACGAUAUAUUAUUCAGUCCCUAAGUGAUAAAGUACGUGUUAAUAUAAUAUGUACUUACGAUCUCAGUCAAGUAAAAUGGGAUUUGCAUGUUUACAUCUGCAUUGAGAUAUUAAAUAUGAAACUGUACAUAGAUAUCCAGCCAACAAAGACUGGGACCCAGGUAUUGGUGCAAGUGACUGUUGAAAUGUUCUGAACAAAUGAAUAACAGGAACUCUUCCCUGUGGGAAGUUUGUAUUGUGUGUAAUAGCUCCAGCCACUUUGAGCCACUAUUGCCACGGCACACUUUAAUAAAUUAGGUGUGCAGUACAUACCUGCCAGUAAUGAUACACUAUACACACACCGUGUGUGUCCAGCAUGAUAUACUGUACAUACCCCUUGACAACAGUACAUUAACAAAUAGAGAAGAACAGCAUAGGCAAAACCAGCCCACAAAACCCCCUUCCAAGCAAAUCUUUUGUGAGGUCGUCUGCACUGACUCCAAACUCCAGAAUCAGCAGUGCCAAAUGGAAGGGAAUCUGCCAGUGAAGCAAAACCCUUAAACCCUGCAUUGUGGUCUCAUUGUUGGAUUAACAUCGCGAUACCUCUGCCUGCUCCCUCUGCCAUAUAUACUGGGGUAUCCAGCUUUUUCACUGUCACACUUUCUCACUUCUGGGUUGGUUUGGACAGCAUCCAGUAACAUCAUGUCUCAGUACUCUGGAAAGAUUGUGUUUUAUGAGGGUAAAUGUUUUACCGGGAGGAAGUUGGAGGUCUAUGGCGACUCUGACAACUUCCAGGACCGGGGCUUCAUGAACCGGGUGAACUCUAUCCGCGUGGAAAGCGGAGCCUGGAUCUGCUUCGAUCACCCCGACUUCCGAGGGCAGCAGUACAUCCUGGAACACGGGGAGUACCCCGAGUUUCACCGAUGGAAUGCCCACAAUGAUCACAUGGGGUCCUGCCGGCCAGUCAGGAUGCAUGGUGAGCACUACAGAAUGGAGCUGUUUGAAGGCUGUAACUUCACUGGCCAGUGCAUGGAGUUCUGUGAUGAUUGCCCCUUCCUGCAGGGUCGUGGCUGGAACAGGAACUGCGUGAACGCUCUCCGGGUCUAUGGAGAUGGAGCCUGGGUGAUGUACGAGGAGCCCAACUACCGCGGGCGCAUGUACAUCGUGGAGAGAGGCAACUACCGCAGUCACACCGAUUGGCAGGGGCACAGCGCCAACAUCCAGUCCAUCAGACGGGUCGCCAACUAUUUUUAAAUCAUGUGACAUUACACUGCACCUUUUACCUCUCUGCACUGAAACUGUGAAAUAAAAUACAAAUAAAAAAAAU